GUUGUGCAGUUGGACCAAAGACACUGGCAUGCAUAGUCGUAGAGUUGACGAAACCCAUCGUUGCUUGUCAAGGACGCCAGGCAGUCCUUCGCCGAGGAGCUAACAGCAUCGUCAUUGUCUUCUUCCAUGCACAACACAGGGCGGAGUGUGCUCCCACCUCGGCCAACAUCACCAUCGUCAUCGCCCUGGACUCGUUGCACCGACCAGAUCGAUGCCAAGCGAGCGCUGCAACGACGACAACCCCACGGCGCUCCCCCCACCGACACCGGCAUUGACGACGUCGAAGUGCAAUCACUAGUCCAGCAAGUGUCGGACCUGCAAACUCGGCUGAACGAACUCACAAACAACGCUACGACAUUGACACCAUGCAAGCGCAAGUGGAGCUGGUGCGACGUGGCCCUGUCCCAGCGCAAAGAGCUCGGCGACGGCCUGCACGAACAAAAGCGGCUCAAGUUGGCCGUGGACGAGCACAGGGACAUCAUUGCGUCGCUCCAGGAAGUGGUUCAAUCGUCGCAACGUAUCCCCAUGGAAGACUGGCGAUGCAAUCGACUGCCGGAAGAUCAAGCGGCGUGGACAGACGGCAUCCUGAGCAUGCUCACGCGGGACUACGAGCGGGUGGACACGAUGCUCGUUCGAAAUGGGCUAGUCGACUGCUCCACAAACGUGUGCAAGACGGUGGUGCGGCGCGGCCUCUGCGGCGCCGUCACGUCCAUCGACAAGGUCACGCACCUGCAGCUACAGUGUCACACAUUUGACGACGUGGUCAAGAUCAUGAACGCGCUCGUGCUGACCGAGCGCGGCCGCGAGUGCCUUGUCAAAGGCACCAAGUGGGACAGUUUGGAGCUGCUUGAACGCAUGGAGCACAACUCCAUGUACGUCAAGUGCAAAGCCAAGUGCCACGCAGGGACCAUCCAAUGGCUCGAGGGCCAAGUUGCCGUGAAGCGGUUCGUCGAGCUCAAUCGCGUCGUGUACGUCGUCCGGUCCGUGCUCGAAGACGACCGCCAUCCCAUGAACCACCCAAAUGAAACGUGCUACUCUCACGAUGAAGUGGGGUGGUUUGUGAUUGAGCGCCAGGCGUCCGCUCAAUCGUCCGCCACGGCGGUGUGCUGCGUCAAGAGCAUUGUCUCGUGCACGCCCAGUCCACCGAGGCAAUGUGUCGUGGCCAAGGCCAUCCAUUCGGUGGCCUUAUCGGCUGCGGAUUGUGUGCAAAAGUGGUAUCGGUCAUGUGUGAAUGUGUAUCGCCAGCAGAACCGAUCGGUCACGGAGCUGCUCGUGCAUGCGUUGGCCCAGCGCUUCCGCCCGCUCAGUCACACCACGAGCCUACCGCCACCGCCAAUAUCAUCAUCAUCAUCGUCGCCAGGACCAGUUCCACAAGGAGCGACGUUAGUCGUCGCGUCAGAUGGGACGGCGAAGGAUGCAACCACCUUGUCGGCGGGAGACACUGCUUAACUGUGGUGUUGCAGGCUUGGCGGCGACAGCGGUUGUUAACUUAUAAACACAAUAAUCAUGGUAGGGUGUUGGGCACUGUGUGUUCAGUUAUAUAAUAUAUACGCAAUACAUAGCGUGGGUAGUUGUUGGAUCUAGAGAGGUUCGAGUGUCUAGAGGUAUUCCAUCUUGAUGAAAU